UGAGAAGGUUGUUGUUUCGGUUGUUUCGUUUGUUUUAAUUGUUUUCGUUUGAAAAAAAUGUUUUCUAAAAAUUUUUUUUUAUUUUUUGCCGUUGCGAGCUUUUGCGUUUUUGCCUCAGGAGAAGAAGAAGCCGUUACCGUUUUUAAAGACGAUGUUGCCAAAGCCGUAGAAAAAGCAAAAGAAUUUGGUGAACACAUAACGAAAAUGUUGGGCUUGGACAGUCUACCAUCCGGAAACGAAGUCGUUGAAUUGAUAAAAACUCAAGCGAAAAAUUUUGCGGAUCAAGCAGAACAAGUACAACAUCAAUUUGAUGAUGAGUUAAAACGUUUGACGAAUUCAACGGUUGCCGAAAGUUUCUCUGAAUUUAAUAAAAAAGUACAAGAAACAGUUGCUUCUUUCCGUAGUCAACUCGAAAGUUCUGGAAUGGUUGAAAAAGCAUCCGAAUUACAAGGAAAAUUUCAAACCGGACUCACCGCCUUGUUUGAAGAAUCUAAAAAAUUAGCUUCUGAUUUGGAACCUCAGAUGGUUGGAGCUGGUGCAGAACUUGAAAAUUUAACAAAAAAAGUUUUAAACGAAGCCGUUGAAAGUUUAAACCAACUUCAAACUCAACUUCACACCGUCACGGGUCACGAAAAUCAUCAACAACACAAACCUUGAACCUGAUUAAUUUAUAUUAUUAAUAAUAAUAAUAAUUUAAAAAAUUAUAUUUCUGCAUUUUAUUAAACAAUUUAUGUUUA